AUGUCACUUGUAAAUCCAGAGUGGUACCAGACCAACACUGCAUGUGUCAACUGUCAGAAGAUAGUGGAGUGGUGUGUAUACAUGUACUAUAAUGGUGUGAGAGUGUGGCAAGUGGGGCCGACCCGAGACCCGAGGAGUUAUGAGGCGGGUUCGGGCAGGAGUUUGGGAAAUGUUGACCUGACCCGGACCGACCCGGCUUGUUCUCAAGUCGGGUUCGGGCAGGUGCUGCAGACUUCGGGUCAGCCUCGGGUAGACCCGAAAACCCGACUAGGUAGUAGGGGGCCAAGGGUUAGGACGCAGGGCAGAGUCCGGAUCAGAGACAGCUAUCCUCCUCAGUGCUGA